AGAAAAGAGACCUUGGAUGGCCACCCGGCGCAUCGUUUGGCCUACACAAAACGGCAAAAAGCAUCAUCCUAUCGAUGGAAUCCUUCGCCCACAAGGAAAGGGAGAUUGUUUAGCCUCCAAGAUAACCACUACUAGGCACUGAUUAGACAGAUUGCUUUGCUAGAUGCCUCGUUUCUGCAGCGGUUCUCUUCUCGCUCGCUAAUUAAUCAACGGCCGCCAAGCAGAGCAGAGCAGGUUGGUGGUGGUACAGUGGUACAGAGAAUUCAGAGUUCAACAUUCACCCAGGCGCGAAUGUGCGGGGCAAAAGGAAGAAACAAAGCGAGACGUCAACCUCAGCCCAGUAGUGAUGUGCCACCUCUCCGAUGCCCAUCAUAUGCUGCCCGGCCUAAUCCCAUCCUCUUCUAUUCUUUCGACGCGCCAACCAACCUCAGAGGAAAGUGAGUGAGCGACCGAGCUCUCCUAGCUCAGCUUAGCUAGGCUUCUUCUCAGCUACCUCUUGCUCUCUCGCGAAUUCAUCGAUCUCCAGACUUGCGGAUCAGGCGCCCGGCCGGUGUCGAGCUCCAUCGAUCGGCGCCAUGGCGUCCAUCGUCGUCAUCGCGCUGGUGCUCAUCCUCGACCUCCUCGCCUUCGUCCUCGCCAUCGGCGCCGAGCGACGCCGGAGCAUGGCGUACGUGAACGUGGACGACGUCGGGAGGGCCUACUGCGUCUACAGCACGGACGCCUCCACCUGGUACGGCGUCGGCGCGCUCUCGCUGCUCCUCGCCGGCCAGACCCUCGCCAUGGCCGCCAGCAGGUGCUUCUGCUGCGGCCGCGCGCUCUCGCCCGGGCGGUGGCGCGCCUUCUCCGGUGUCUGCUUCGUCAUCUGCUGGCUGACGUUCGUGAUCGCCGAGCUGUGCCUGCUGGCCGGGUCGGUCCGCAACGCGUACCACACAAAGUACAGUGGCUACUUCAUCAACGGGCCGCCCCACUGUCACAUGCUUCGCAAGGGCGUGUUCGCUGCCGGCGCCGCCUUUACCUUCCUCACGGCGCUCUUCACCGAGCUCCACUACAUCUUCUACGCUAAGGCCCGCUCCGCCGCCGCUGCCACCCCUCCCAUUAUCCAUGGAGGCGGCAUCGGCAUGACCCGCAUCUGAAGGAUCCACAUCCACCUUGACAACCUUCCCGCAGCGUGUGUUUGUGUGACAGGUGUGUUGAACAUUGUAUAAACUAGUUGCCUCGUGGAUUGAUGUAUGUACUGAUCCCGUCUAUGAGACUCUGUUGAGAUCUUAAUAGAGGUUAUACCCAUUAAAAAAUGAUUUAGAGAAGAA